AGCUUUAACAUCCCUUUCUUCUGUCGGUGGCAGACAAACCAUAUUAAAACAUCCCCCUUUAGUUGGCUUUUCGGCUCAGAGGAAGGGGAUAUUGGUAGUGCCAUGAGACGGACGCUCUUCACUGCUUUAGCAGGUGGCGAAACGGGAGUGAAGGCAGUUAUAUUGUCAUUACGCGAACGUUUCUAGCUGACCGGUAUAUGUUAUUGCGUCUUGUGUUUUUUUAUGAUUAGAGACUGAAACAGAGAGAUCGCAGAAAGGCCUUCAGUUUGGGAAAUCGGUUGGGAAUUACGUUCACCAUUGGAGGGGUGCCGGCUCUUUUCGGGGCUUUUCCUGUGACUUAGGAGGAGAUCGUGGAUGACCCUUCGGUCAUAAUAAGCGUUUUGUCCAGAUUUCACACCGAGGCGUUUUGUGUGUGCUGGGAAAAUGAAUAAGCGGAUAUUUGCCCUGGAUGAUCGAAGGGAAGCCUUUUCUGCAAACCCAGGAGGACAGCUGAAGUCAGAAACGGGGGAGUUCCUGCUGUGCUGAACUGAACAUUUUUUUUGUUAUCAAUAUGCCGGAGGACAGGAGGAAGACGUGUUUUUCAGCGCAGGGUAAACUCCGAAACUCAGAUUUAUGCUGCGCGAUGCAUAAUAAGACGCUUUGAAACGGAUGCCGUUUAACAGCGAAUGAAAGCGAGUCCAGCUGCUUUAAAUGACUUUCGUAUUGCACAUUAGUAAUAUUAAUAAUAAACUGCAUGUUUUAGACCUGGUUGACUCUGCAUCGUUUGAGUUAUGGACCUCCAGCCUUUGGAUUUGGCUGUCUGUAAAUGACUUGUAUGAGACAUCAGUCUGGACCCGAUUUGGCGUUUAUGCAGAAGCUUAAUGCUCGCCUGAUCCCCGACACACGCACACCUAAACAGCUCACAGAGUUACAGGUUAAAACCUGCAAACUAGUUCUCCUUUCUGGAUAAAGUCAAUCUUCCUGCGAGUCUGAUUAGUUACCCGCAGUGUGUAUCUGGCUGUUUCUUCCCACACAGCCCCAUCUGGAUCCAUAACUCUAAUGUUAUUUUUUUCAUGUCCGUUUUUGGGCUUGAGACGUAAGCAGCCAUCCGUCCAUCCUUGGUUAAAGUAACGGGCUGAUCCGUAAGGCGAGUCGCGCCCGCUGGUGCAUUUCGGAGGGGAGGUGGAGCGCCGGCCGACUUCCGCGUUGACGCAGUGGGAUCUCUACGUCUGGUCAGCGGCUUCCCCCGCCCAGCCCGCGGUGACAGCGAUGGGUAGGAAGCGGUGUGUCGGUGCCGAUUGCUCCAAGAUGGCGGCCGGGUGCUGCGGGGUGAAGAAGCCGAAGCUGUCGGGAUCCCCCGGGUCUGGGGGUCCCGGCAGCGCGGGGAGCGGGAUGCCCGGGACAGGACACUGCGGAACGGACCUGGGGAUCGGCUCCUCCUCCGCCGUGCAGGCGGGGAAUGUGAGCCGGCCGAACGGCCUGGGGGGUCCCGGGAGCAGCUGCGGCGGCGGCAGCGUCAACUCGAUGUCCCCAACUCCGGGGAGCUACGGUGCAAACGGCCUCUCCCCGAAUCUGAGCCCCGGACUCGGCGGGGGACGCAGGAUGGUGGUCUCGGCGGAGAUGUGCUGCUUCUGCUUCGACGUGCUUUAUUGCCAUCUGUACGGAUACCAGCCACCCCGGACACCCAGGUUUACAAACGACCCGUAUCCACUAUUUGUUACGUGGAAAACAGGACGGGACAAGCGGCUGAGGGGCUGCAUAGGUACCUUUUCUGCCAUGAACCUACACUCAGGACUCAGGGAGUACACCCUCACCAGUGCCCUUAAAGACAGCCGCUUCCCCCCCAUGACGCGGGACGAGCUGCCGCGGCUCUUCUGCUCCGUGUCUUUGCUCACCAACUUCGAGGACGUUGGUGAUUACCUAGACUGGGAGGUGGGUGUACAUGGCAUCAGAAUAGAGUUUAUUAGUGAAAAAGGAUCAAAGCGGACAGCCACCUACCUUCCGGAGGUUGCGAAGGAGCAAGGUUGGGACCACAUACAAACCAUAGAUUCCUUACUUCGGAAAGGAGGCUAUAAAGCUACCAUCACAAAUGACUUCAGGAAGACCAUUAAACUGACCAGGUAUCACAGCGAAAAGAUGACAAUGAGCUACGCGGAAUACAUCGCCCAUCGUCAGCACCAACACUACCAAAACGGCAUGGGGCACCCCCUCCCUAUCUACAACCAUUAUUCCUGACAGCGACCCGCGUGACCAGUCACUGGACCUCUCCGCAGGUCUCGUCCCAGGGGAGCCCUCCACCUCCUGGUCUAACUACAUCUACUACUGUACCAUUUUAUGAUGAUUGUUUCCGUUGCCAUGGGGACGCUUUCCGAGCGGCAGCAUGGCAACGGAUGACAGCGGUUUUGUUACUAUUUAUUUAAUCGUCAUUGUCGAAGUGUUUCUCUUUAGAGUUACGUUACUGACGUUUUGCAGCACAUAUUUUAUUUUAAUAAACUAGACUUUACUUUUUAUUUGUCGUUUUUCUUCUAAUCAGAUUUACUUUUUCUGUGGAUGGAAGGUUAAUAUAAGGAUUUUCCUUUUGUUUAUAUCUUGCUUUUAUCAUAUGAUAUGGCAAGAUGCGUUGCACAUGAAUUUGGGGAAAAAAUGCCCUUUUUCUUUUUAGUUGAAGCAAAUUGACGUAAUUGUUAGAGGGGAAAAAAUAAUUUGAGUGAUUGAGAGGACUGACCUGAAGCCAGUUUAAAUAAACCUGGAGAUCUGAACAAAUUUCUGUGUAUCACUGGAUGACAAUUGUGAUGCAGACUGAAGGCUAACGGAAAUGUAACUGAAAAUACACUAAAUUGACACGAUAAAACUGAUGUAUCCCAGGUCAUAUACUCUGAAGUAACUUAGGUGCAAAUGAAUAAAAUCAGUGUGUUCAUUUUCUUUAUAAAAUGUUUAGUAUCCACAGCUUUAUAUACAUUUGGCCAGUUUCCUUCCCUCCGUUAAGUUUUCCUGUUGUUCAGUCACAGGAAAACAUUCGUUUAGCCGCGUUUGAGUGUUGGCUAUAAAAUUCCAUGUCUGUUUGCUUGGAUCUCAGAUGAAGCAUUUUGUUUAGUUUUCUGAUCAGGCUGUUGGGGGGGGCGGCAUGAGUAACACUACUGAAAAAGCCAUAUUCAGUUACAAAACACAAUCUCUGUUCUGGGCUCUGUGUCUCUGUUUACUGGCACUAGCCUGAGGACAAGGUACACUUUCGGACUCCCCUUUCGUGAUGCUUCUUCUGUACAGUUUAGUUGAUCAGUUUGGGCUUCAUUCAGUGGGUGAACAAUUCAGUGGCUUUUCAAAUAACCCAGAUAAGUAUCUAAAUGGCCCAUGUUCUUGGGGCGAAUGCAAAAAUUUAAUUAAGGUGGAAUUAGUUUCAAUUACGAUUAGCUAAAAACCAAGAGAGCCCCUUUAUCUUAACAUGUAAGCCAUGUGUUUUUCAGUCAUGCUGCAUAAACUGCAGGUUUUUUUACCCUGUGAGAGAUUUAUGACUUUCGGUUUCCAUCCUAUUUCAUUGUGUACGGCUUUUCAUGGAGUAUUUUGAAGGACACACCCGAUCAAUCAGCAGGCCAGCUUUCUGGGGUCUUCCAAUAUUCCGUCCAUAGCAAUGCUAAAACUUCCAUUGGACUAAACCAUUGAUGCCCUGUAUUUGCAUAAAUAUCCAGUGAUACAUUUAUAUACCUAUAAAGUAACAUGUUGGUUAUAAUGCAUAAAAACAUUUGAUAGCGUGUGGGCUUUGUGCAGUUUAAAAUUGAGUACUCUCGUCCAUGUAUGUGACUGUUUAUAAUUUAUUCAGCCCUGUCAUUAAUUUUAAAAUGAUACUAGACACCUGAGUUAAUUGGUAGGACGUUAAGGCAUAUUACUGAAUCUAACACUAAUUAAUUUUUAAUGAGUCAUUUGAGAAACAAGAGUCAGGAAAUUUUUCUGUGGAUGUUCCGUUUGGUUCCCAAAUAACGUUUUGGUAAUACUUUACAUAAGGCCAUGCUUUUAGUAAUUUAUAAACACAUUCAUAAUGCAUUCAUAAAGCAUCAUAAACACGGCUAUACAUAUUUAUAAAAAGGCAUACAUUAUAGAUAUUUAUUAUGCAUUAUGAAGGCUUUAAUAAACUCAU